CGUUUAAACAAAAAAACAGCAAAUGAACAAAAGCCACAAGAGCGUGGCUUUUAAAAUUGACUUUUAACGUAUUUAAUUUGAGUGUGUGUCGUGAUUUAAAUUAGACGGAUGACAUUGUUGCAUUGCAUACGUCGCUGGAUUACUGUGGAAUUAUUGUCACAAUAACUAAACGCAGGAGUCUGUGAUGGUGAAAUGCUGACGUUAAGGAUCAGGAUCACAGUUUUUCCUAUUGGUUUAUAUUUCUACAGCAGUUUGUCCGAAUGAAAACCAGUACACAAUAGUAAAAACAAUAAUCAUUGACACUUUUAUUAAUAAAAGGUUGUCAUGUUAUUACCAUGCUUAGUCACCCGCUUAAAUCAUUUUCCCUUUGGCUCUCAUGUGAGAGGUUGUAGGUAGUGAUUUCCCCUCUGUUGUGUAUGUGAUGAAUCAACAAAGCAAAUGAAACGAGUUUCUAUCCACAAAUAUUUCUUUUUCCAAGGACAAACACAAGCAUCUGGAAAAUUGUUGUUGACAUUUGUUGUUGGCCAAAACUACAAUUGAAAUCCGUCUUUAUUUUGAACAGGCAGCAUCUACUUAAAGCUCUCUUCUCCUGAUUUAGUUGCAUGGCGAUUAAGUAUGCACACACACACACACACACACACACACACACACACACACACACACACACUAAAACAAAUGAAAUACGUAUCGACAAACGCAGGACUUUUAAAUCUUAGAAUGGUAUAACGUAGAGUUGCCAGAAUACACAAUCAUUCUCAUGUAAUCGCAUAGUAACUGUAUUCCUAUUCAAAGUGGCUCUAAUAAACAGUUGUAACGCGCAUGUUCUACCCCUGUAGCCCUUCGUGUAUUCCGUUCCUCAUCGCCACUGACAAUGCAGUAUAUAAUCGGACUAGCUGUUUGUGAUGAAUGGGAUUCAGUCCGACAUGAAACCUAAUCCGUCCUUGUCCAGAGAUCCAGCUCCUGUAUUUGAACUGACUUUCCUUAAAAGGCAAAACUGUUUUAAUAUGAGUUUAUUUUAUGUCUUCUCUCAGAAAAAUGACGAGACCAUUAUUAUAUUUAAAUAUACACAUAGGACUGACCCUACACGUACCGGCUAUACAUUUAUUAUUAUCUUUUUUUUUAAGAUCGCAUUUGCUCACGGUUUAGUUCACGUGUUAAUUCGAAUCAUUCGUUUCUUUCUUUAAUAUAAUCUGGAGAAGCAUCACCAAAUGACAAGUGAUCGAUGACAAUAACUACAAUUAAAUGAUUUUGAUAUUAUUACUUGGACUAAGUCAACAUAUGGAUACUGAUUUUAUUUAUUUUAAUUUUUUCAAUGGUGGUUUUAAUUUCAGAGCGUGUUUUUAGUUUUAAAUCAACAUGCAUCAAACUCAGGAUUAUUCCUAGUCUGCUACAUACUUUCCCCCGGGAUUAACACAAUAUUAAUCUGAUUGUGAAGGCCUGAUUGUGGAUUAUUAGGGAAUACUGAGCACGGAUAUGUUGCAAAUAUGAGGCGCACGUGACCAGCCGGUAAUUGGCUCAGUAUAUGUCCGCGCGCACGCAAUGCUGUGUCCUUGAUGGCACGUCCUUGUGACGAAGGCACCGCGGAGCGUGCACGUCACGUGCUACACAGGGAGCUCGGAGAUGGGAGAGGAAGAGUGGUGACGUCUGACUGUCCCAAAAAAGAAAAGAAAAAAAAAACAGGAGCGGAAGCUAUGAAGCGGAAGUUUACUGUGGAGACGUGAAUCCGAGCGGCAGCUCCUUUGGGGCAGGCAGAUACAGAGAGAGAGAGAGAGAGAACACACAGCAGCUUCUCAUUGGUUCACUGAAACCAAAACAAGCACACAAGUCCCGCCUCCAACCUGACGCAUGACGUGAGAAUCCAAAGCUCAAAGCCCCGCCCCCUCUCUCCUCCUCCUCUCCUCUCGCAGGAUCACAGGAGGCUGCACUGUUCAAGAAUUGAGUUCUGCUGCCACACUCAGGACAAACGCAGAGUUACCGUUAAUUCAAAUCCUGUUCAAAGGAACAUAAAUAACCUUUUUUUUUGACAAUACAAAAAAAUAAUAAAAAUCCCACUUCUUGCAGCAUUCAUAUGCACGUAAACCGCAAACGCUUGGCGUAAUUGUAGAACAUUUGUAGUAUCGGGCGUUUUGAAGUAACAUAUUUUCCAUUUGUGGUGCCAUUUUGUUCCUGUGUUAAAUCAUAUGUUGCACCGGAAAUGUAAACGAUCAUAUGGUUAUUUUCAUGAGAAUAAAUAUAAAAGCUGACCUAUUUUGCAUCGAUUUCACAUCCUCCAUGAUAAAUGUCUGUAUUACUCCGCAUGACUGAAUAAUCUCACAUUUUUGGGCAGAUGUGGGAUUAACCAAAGCGCUAAAAAGAAAAAAACAAACAAUGACCUGUCUUUUUUCUGUGGUGUCUCCUGGUCCCUGAAUGUCUGUGAUCUGCUUUGCCAGACGCAGACGAGACCAGUCACUCGGCUUUGCUCUUUACAUUGACCUUCGCUCUCUCUCCGUGCGUAAUGGAGGCGAGGCCUGCAACCUUCGGUCACUGAGCAACACAGCUUUGGUCAGUUUUUUUUCUUUUUUAAAAAAGGAAAAAAUAGACCAGUCUGGUUUUGAAGUUAAUCUGGCGAUAACCCAUCGACCUGAGCAGACACGAGCUUAUCCAGGACCGUGGCAGUGGUCAAAUAGAAGCACUUGACCGAGAUUAUGUGAAGGCCUUAUCCAUGUCCCAGGCGGCGACUUUUUCAUCCACAUACGGAAUUUUCUUGUCCUUAUACCCACGUAUAUAACCUUCUUUGUUUUCAAGUAUCAAGUGCCACAUCAUUUACACUAGAAUAGUGAUGUUUUAGGAGAAAAAAAACACCGUAUAUGUCUAACAUGUCCAUGUGCAGUGAGUACAUAUGUGGACGAUGUUUGCGUCGAAUGCGUGACCUUUGUUUUUGCACAAAUUCCCCUCAAGCCAAAACGCAGAUCAAUGUAGGUCAAAGUCUUUGUUAAAUGACUGCACUUGAACUACGUUACGUAGAAUUUUUUUGUGACUUUCUUAAAAACAUUAAACAAAUGCUAGUCUCCGAAAUAAAAGUUUAAACCUGCUUUUUUGAAAGCUGCUGUCAUACGCUUCGUGUUCGCAUCCUUUCGUGCGUAAAGAAAAGUGUCUGACAUUAGUUUUAAUCCAAAAUAAACCGACUGGAAGAUAAAUGUCUUCUUUUUCUUUUUAAAGUAAGUCAGCUGCAUAUGUUGAUUUGCUGAAGCGAGAGCGCAAAUACUGAAAAAUACGUGAGGAAAAAAAGAUAUUUAAAUCAAAUCUUUAAAUCGAGUCGUGAUAUGACCUGAUUUCGGAUAAUACAAAUUGUUCAGAAUGUCCAUAAAAUAUGUUAUAAUGUUCAGAAGGUGCACACGAUCUUAUUUAGUGGCGAGGUUUGUUGUGAAAUGUCCCUCUGUCGAAUAAACACGAAUCUGAAAGCGCAGAGUGUACAUUUAUAUAUCUGUGGAAAUCAGACGGGAUCCUUAUACGUGCAGAAAACACCGGCGCAUCAGAGGCGCUAAGUGAUUUGUGUUAUUUCAAAAUUGCUUCCAAACCCUGCGCGUGUUUGAUGUCAACAUUUCCUCAACACCGCCACUGUUGGAUAACACAUGAUGCCAAAUACGACAGGAGAUGUUAAACUAUAAUGCAAACAUGUCGCGAAACACUAUGUAAUUAAUCCAUAAUCACCCGCAGGAUCAGUCACUAGUAUACUGUCCAAUAUGUAUAUAUGUGUAUAUAUGUAUAUAUAUAUAUAAAUAUCUCAAUACUCUGACUAUUGCACCUACAUUUGUACCGCAAUUUCCGUUCACAAGAUCAUUUGUUGCUUUCUAUUCCUUAUACCCGCACUGAACUGGGUAACGUGGCUUUUGUCAGUUUUUUGUUUUGGUUAUAUCUUCACCUUUUGCAUGGAAUACUGAAAACUGAGUUAAUUUCAUUGGACACUUCAAAUCCAAACUGUGUUCUUGAGGCUCAUACUCGACAACAUGCACUUGUUUUUCAUCAUGUGCUUGUAAAUUUAACAUGGAUUCUCUCUUUUUAAAAUUUCUAUUAAGCUUGUGUUUAACUGUGUCAAUUUGUAACCGUUGACUGUUUCGUAUUUGGUGUUGUGUGUCUUGGCCAGGACUCCCUUUUGGAAAAAGAGGUUCUUAACCUCAAUGGGGUUUUUCCUGGUUAAAUAAAGGAUACAAAAAAUACAAAUCUCUACUGUUCGCUACAGGCCCAGUCCGAUUAGUUUCGGUUAAAACUAUAAUUAGAUGUGUUAUUUUCUUAGUAUGCACGCACCAUGUGUGAAUUUAAAUUGAAUGAUGAGUUUUUUUGUUCACUUAAGACGCCACUAAUGUUUUUGAACAUUUGGUUUCUCUAUGCUUAUAUUUCAAAUUAUUUCCUCCUGUCAUACAUUUUCAUGUAUUUCUUCUUUGUUCUCGUGAUUAUAACAAAUGUCAUUUUAUGUCCUUUUGUUCAGGCCCACUACUCCACGCCUCGUUUCCCAGGAUAUACCCUCUGCAGGCUAAUCCAGCUUUGUGCGUCUCCACUGCUCCCGUUGACCGUGGAGUUGAUCAGCUUCUCCUGCGUGUGUGUGUGUGGCUCUUGUGUGGUCCGUCUGUCGUCGCCAUCGCUGUCGUGCCCACGGUUGUGUCACCUGUGGAUAAAUCAACAAGUUGGACGCGGAAAUCAGGUUCACAUUUUCCUCAGAAACGAAUCCUGCUCGCUGCUUUUGUGCUCGAGCUCCAUGAUGGAUAUCGCUCCGACUGCUACGUAGCCUUGGAGUGGGAGGGACUGCCCAUCUUCCAGCAAUUCCAUUGGUUUUACAGUUCGCACGGCGGAGAGGGGGGUGCCGCUAAUCAUAUCCAACAUGUUUUGUACAAGAAAUGUCAGCCAGAAAGGGCUAUCUUCUCCCUUCGCCAAAAUACACCACAAUAAUGUCAUGUUCGGACAGCCCGUCAGGAAAUGCGUUUUUAGUGGAUUCUUUGAUCAGUGGCCGCACGGAGAGCGGCGGAGGUCACUAUGCGGGGAGCGCGGUGUGCGUGCCUCAUAGCACCGCUACAGAAGUGCCUUACGGACUACACAACUAUGGAUACUUCCCAGGUAUGGGUAAGCGGAACGAGGUGGGCGCCCAGAACAUGGUUUCAGCUUCUGGUGCGUACAUGUCCAGCAUGGAGAUGUGGAUGGACGCGCAGAGGUCAUGUCGAAUGGAUCAAGAGCACCCGGUAGGUCCUCAGGUCGCGCCCUGCUCGUUCCCGCAGAACAUUAAGGAAGAGAGCACCUACUGCCUGUAUGAGCAGCCGAAGUGUCCUAAAGCCUCCACCGCUGAAGAUCUAACGUAUUCGAGGCUAACUACAGCUGGCCUCGGCUCCACGUCUUGCACAGUGACCGAUGGUGGUGGUGGUGGAGGAGGAGGAGGCGGUGGCGGCGGGGGCUCAGUGCCUGUGCCGUGCUACUUCCGCUUGUCUCAGACGCACGCACAUUCUCAUAAACUUUACAACACCAACGGCCCCCAACCGAACCCUUCCCAUUCUCAUUUUGGCCUACACCCCACUGUUUCUGCUCGUUUCCACACGCCACCAACCUCGGCUUCUGCUCCAGCUUCGGGGCUGGAGGAGCGGAGCACCGAGGAGCCCGUGUCCUCGGCGAAAACAAACGUACAGCCUCACGUUACACCGGGGGCCGAAGAGGCGAGGGUGUCCUCGGAUGCAGAAGCGUCCUCAGAAGAGGAGCCGGAGGAGAAUGACAAAGACAGACCAGCAAAGACCACUAAAGGAGACACAAAACGUGAUGAAAACAUGGCCAACUGGCUGACGGCGAAAAGCGGCCGGAAGAAGCGCUGUCCAUACACCAAGCAUCAGACACUGGAGCUGGAGAAGGAGUUCCUCUUCAACAUGUACCUUACCCGAGAGCGCCGCCUAGAGAUCAGUAAAAGCGUCCACCUGACGGACAGACAGGUUAAAAUCUGGUUCCAGAACCGCAGGAUGAAACUGAAGAAGAUGACGCGGGAAAACCGGAUCCGGGAGCUCACCUCCAACUAUGGAUUUUCAUGAUGAACAAACCACCUGAUUACAGUGAAAACACAGGGGGAAAAUAGGUGAAAUCAAAUACACCUCACCAUUUUGUCCACAUGACUCAGUUGACAGUGUUGGGGACAUACAACUUCCUUUUUCAUUUCAAGACGAGGUUAUAAUAAUGUCAGUUCACCGUCAUCUCUGAGGAAAGAGGAAAGCGAGAGAAAUGUCAUGAGGUUCUGCUGAUUGUUUUUUUCCUGAUGUAGUCUUUUUGUGUUGUCGACACGUUUCUGUCACUUCUGUCGUAUGUUUGGAUGGUGUCGUCAGUGGCGUUCAGUCAAUGCAGUUUAUACACACACACACACACACACACACACACACACACACACACACACAC